AGAGUUUAACGAACUAGAGUAAACGAACGACGAUCAACGAAAGCCUAGUAAAGAAAGGGCUUAGCGACUGACACAAAAAAAUUAAUAUAUAUAUAUAAAAGGGAACAUUUAAGAAACAUUUGGUGCUACUUGUGUGCUAAUAAUAGACCCCCUAAUAGUGCAAUAGUGCGCUGCUACGUAUAGCUCUUGUGCUAUAUAACAAGUGGUGCUGCGCCAGUGAUAUAACAUAAUAUAGCAAAAAAAAAGUUUAAGAGAUUAUAUAUACGAAAGAGAACGGAGUGGUCUAAGUGCAACACUCCCAACACGUAACAUUAUACAUUACCUGUACUAGUGCUGAUCAUAACUUGACAUCUUUUAAAAUCUGGAAAAAAAUAUAUAAAAAAACUGCCUGUAGAAACUCCCCCUCAAACAAAAAAAAACCCACGACAGUAGAUCUAUUGUAAAAGUUUGGAGUGUAAGCAGUAACCAUCUUCCCCACGGCCAACAUGUACGGCAUGCAAGAUUAUGGUCCACCCCCUCCGGAAAUGCAAUAUUUCCCCUUCAAACGGGAACAUGAGAUCUUCAUGCACAAGUCUGCCAUGCAGAUGCACAACCGGGACCCCCACCGGAGUGAGGUGAAGCCCCACCAGUGCCAGCAGUGCCUCAAGGCCUUCUCCUCCAACCACCAGCUGGUGCAGCACAUCAGGGUCCACACUGGUGAGAAGCCAUACAAGUGCUCCUACUGUGACCGACGCUUCAAACAGCUGUCUCACGUCCAGCAGCACACGCGGCUACACACUGGUGAACGACCCUACAAAUGCCACAUUCCGGACUGCGGCCGCGCCUUCAUCCAGCUGUCCAACCUGCAGCAGCACUUGAGGAACCACGACGCCCAGCUGGAGCGAAUGAAGAACCGGCCGUUCCACUGCAACAUCUGCGGCAAGGGAUUCGCCACCGAGAGUUCGCUGAGGACUCACACAUCCAAGCACGCCAUCCACAUCGGCGGCCCUAACGCCGUCCACUGCCCACAAUGCGACAAGUACUUCAUGAGCGGCGAGCAGCUCAUGGAGCACAUGAAGGUGGUUCACAGGGACCCCAACGCCUCCGGCGUCGGAGCCAAGCGUCGCACGGCGUCACACUCGUGCCCUGUCUGUGGCAAGCACUACGUGAACGAAGGCAGUCUCCGCAAGCACUUGGCCUGCCAUCCCGAGACCUCGCAGUUCACCUCCUCCCUCAGGAUGUGGCCAUGCUCUGUCUGCCAUGCCGUCUUCACCCACGAGUCAGGUUUGCUGAACCACAUGGAGCACAUGCGCAUGGACCCCAAACAUCAGUUCGCGGCGCAGUACGUUCUCUCCCGGGCCGCCGCCGAGCGACGCGAGCGAGAGAGCAUUCUUGGCCUGGCUCAAGUUGGUCUCCAGGGGGGCGGCAAUCAUAUGGGCAUGGGAAUGGGCAUGGGCAUGGGCAUGGGUAUGGGAAUGGGCAUGGGAAUGCCGCACCAGAUGCAGCACCAUGCUCAACACCAAGCAGCGCCCAUGUCCAUGGCAGCAUCGCCGUCCACUCAGAGCGACGCCUCCUCCCGGAUGUCCACGCCCGCCGAAAAGUUGGAGACUGGGCUGGGUCGUAUGCCGUCACCCACGGACGCUCUGCGCUCCAUCACCAGCCAUCACGACGUUAUGAACCAGAUGCGCCCACAACCCACCGACAACAUGCGGGCCAUGAUCAGUCAGAGCCAGGCGGAGCUGGUCAAGUCGACGCUCACCUCGCAGGCCGAGACCAUCCGUUCCGUCAUGGCCUCUCAAGCAGAAGCUAUCCGUUCACUCUCCAACCCGCAUGGCCAAUCGUUGCAACCACCUCCCACACAGCAGCAACAACAACAGCAACAACAACAACAACAACAGCAACAGCAACAACAGCAACAGCAGCAGCAACAACAACAGCAACAGCAACAACAGCAGAAUGCCCACCAGGCCGCAGAGCCCAUGGGAUCACCUCAGCCCGACAUGCGUGACAUGCGUGACCCAAGGAUGGGCGGUAUGGAGUCCGCCCUCCGGAGCGCCCAGGCAGAGGCGGCACUGCGGCUGGUGAACCAUGAAGGCCGCCCCUCCCCGCAGCACCAGGGGGAUCUCACCGACUCCAUCCGUCUACAGGAGAUGCGUAUGGAACAAGCCUUGCGACUCCAUGGUGACCCCCGUGCCCUGGCCUCCUCCCUGCCCGGUCCCUUGGGGUUCCCCCUUGCCCCCCCCCAACACCAACCCCAGCAGCAGAGCGCCUGAACUUACACCAGCCUGCCCCCAGCCUGGGAGCAACACCCCCCGCCACUCGCCCGUACUAGUCCUCCGGUGAACGUGUCAUGACUGUGUGUCUGUCUGUCACAUCGCCUCGGUUCCACCUUUGUUCUGUUGUGUUGUCGUAUUUUUAGCUGUGAUAAAAUGAAAUGGUUCCUCGCAGGAACUAUGUAUUAAUUUAAUAAUCACUUCUCUGUGUUAGUUCCUUGAGUUGUUGUUGUUACACAGGGUGGCUGAGCGUGGAGGACUCGGCUAAGGCAGGGGGCCGCCCGACGCCCCCCGCCUAGCCCUGCCACCGUGGCCGUCACGUCCCAGGCGCUCCAAAAGUCGCCCUCCCGACAGUUCCUCACAGUUACUUUAAGUGCAAUUUUAGGGACCAGCGGUGUGUGACACUCAAUACCUACAGAGAAGGUGAGGUGUUGGGGUGUGUUAGUGGCGCUCCGGCUGGCACAGGAGGGCCCAGCACCGAGGAGGCCCAGGACCUCGGGCACCAUCGCCUCCAGGCUCAGUGGCCCUCACAUGAUCAAUGAGGCAGGCGCUGCUGUAUACCAUACCUACAUAUUGCUUCCAUGGCUUGACUUGAUUGCAGUCAUUGUGUACCUGUAAUAAAAAUAUCUUUAUACAUAUUAUUGCAUAAUAUGGCGCCUUUAUUGGUGCAUGUUAAGCUUUGCACAGCCGAGUGUAGAAAAAAUAUUAAAAGGUCCUAAUGCAAGCAUACAAUCAAACAAGAUCUCCUGAAAAUAAUGAACCUCUCGAGUUGUGAGUGAGGUGUGACUGCCUCCCGUGGCCAACGAGCCACCGGCAGCAGUACGGCGUCCCGGACACCCUACUGGGGCCGGACAGCACAGCACGGCCUGCCCCUGAGGCCAGACACGGCCUCACCCACCCAGGCCAUCACCGCCCCGCCGCCCAUGGUGACCUAUGUGUUCACUACCUGCGGUCGGGGCAACAGAAGAAGCUCUGGACACCUUGAUACUUGACUAUGAAAUGUGAGAAUGACGUCCACUUUCCCUCCAUCAAAAGACGCCUGCGUAAUCUGCUGGAUCCUUCAUCUCGCUCAUGUCGGAAGACACGUUAAUCUCCUGCUCAUAUGAUACAGUUCUUCGACGAGUGUUGUUGUGGACCUUACGUAGUUACAGGUUUUCAAAUGUUAAUUGCUCACUGUCGGAAAACCAGAGUCUGUUGAAGUUUCAGAGCCAAGCAGGUGUCGUGCUGCUACUGGAAAUAAUAAGAGACUAAGGUACCAUCAUUGUUGAAUAUGUAUAUUUACCUUAGUUCAUGCGGAUAGUACCUACGCGUGUGUAAUUAUUAAAAAAAGAAAUAUGUUUAUACAGUUCCACAUUUUAAGUGUCUAAUUUUCUGAUUAUGAUUCAUCUGCGCAAUAUGGUAAUAAGUGUACAUGUUCCCUCAAGUAGCUUUGAAGGCAAGAACAAGGGUCGCUCCCAGCGCCACCUUAGAUUUAGCUAACAUAGCCUAGAAGUCAUGAUUCUGGUACUCUUAGCCAUAACUUUCAGUGAUGUACAGAUUGAAUAGUAAGAUUUUUUAUAGCUUCAUGGAGAUUUUUGUAAUUUUAGCCUUCAAAGCUUCCUGAACAAACCGAUUGACUGUUGACUGUUCCUGCAAUCAGAGUUUACCGUUAAAUGCUGCUACUGUUCCCACCACCAAUAGUCCUAGAAUCAAUUAAUGUUUGUACACUACCGCUACUACUACUACUACUACUACUACUACUGUUACUUUUACUAUAACUACCACCAACACUACUACAACUACUACUACUACUAUUACUACCACUGCUAUUACUACUACUACUACUCCAUAGACCGUAGCAAUAGAUCCGGAACCAUAACUUUUCUAGAUCCUUUACUAAGAUUAGUGUAAUUCUAGUUCUAAUUACCAACAGCCCCAGUCCAGUCCUUACCUGUCCCCCCCCCCCUCCCUCCCUCUUUCCUUCCCUUCUAUCCUCUCAACAAUCUUCGUCUGCUUUAACCUUAUCACAAGACCCUCACCUACCCUCAUCCUCCCCCCGUAAUGUUUACUUAAAUAACCUAACCUAUUCUUUAUCCUUAACAAAAUUUAAUAUUCCUCCAAAAUCCUCAAGUUCACCUCCCCGUUUUCGUCGCUAAACUCAUCGUGUUAUGAUCGGUUACACUUGUUGUUGUUUUUACUUACUUAAAUCUGUUCUCUGUUGGCUAAAUUUACUGUUUACAACUUUUGUUAUUCAAUGUCGUGUCUCAGUGCUACGAUUUUGACUUAAAGUAUCUAUAUAAUUUUUUUUAUGUUCUUUCUUAAAAACUUAAAAAAAAAAACACAAAUUUUACAGUUGCCUGUAUAACAAAACAGUUUAAUAAUACAAAUAUAUCGUUGGCACAGUGUUAGUGAA